GCCAUGCUGCCAAAUCCAGUCGAGUUGAACAGCUGUCACACUUUCCGCCCCUCCAUUCAGUCCGAGAGUCGGCAGCGGAUAGACGGAGAUCCGGUCUAACGCCAACCUUAACCGCGACUGUAGGUGACACAGGACGAACAGAUCUUGCGUUUAAACUAGGCUGACAACUUCACUCAGCGACGAUGUCUAAAGACACGGAAGGGAGGAGCGACAACAUCAUGGACAUGGAGUGCAAGGUGUUGUGGUAUCCGGACUCGAAGAAGAACACACAGAUGGACAAAUUCAGGACGCAGGUUAACAAAGACUAUGGACUUAAUCUGGCCAACUACAGUGACCUGUACCAGUGGUCGGUGGAGAACUAUUCAGAGUUCUGGGCGGAGGUGUGGCGUUUUUGUGGUAUAAUCAGCUCCACCGUGUAUGAAGAGGUCAUAGAUGUGUCCAAACGGAUCUCGGAUGUUCCAGAGUGGUUUAAGGGAGCGCGGCUGAACUACGCCGAGAAUCUGCUCAAACAUGCAGACCAGGACAAAGUGGCCCUGUACGCUGCCACGGAGGCCAAUGAGGAGAUCCUGAAGGUGACGUUUGGGGAGCUGAGGCGUGACGUGGCUCUGUUUGCUGCAGCCAUGAGGAAGAUGGGCAUCCAGACUGGUGACAGGGUCGUCGGCUACCUCCCCAAUGGGAUCCAUGCGGUGGAGGCCAUGUUAGCAGCUGCCAGCAUCGGAGCCGUCUGGAGCUCCACAUCCGUGGACUUUGGAGUCAAUGGCGUCCUGGACAGGUUCUCUCAGAUCCAGCCUAAGUUGAUUUUCUCCGUUGCUGCUGUGGUCUACAAUGGCAAAACACACGACCACAUGGAGAAGCUGACCAGCGUCAUCAAAGGUCUUCCUGACUUGAAGAAAGUAGUGGUCAUUCCCUAUGCUCGCUCCAAACACAACACUGAUCUUUCCAAGAUUCCCAACAGUGUGUACAUAGACGACUUCCUGGCAAUGGGCCGAGGUGAAGGGGACCAGCUCCCUCAGCUGGAGUUUGAGCAGCUUCCGUUCAGUCAUCCUCUGCUCAUCAUGUACUCUUCAGGCACCACUGGGGCUCCAAAAUGCAUGGUCCACUCUGCUGGGGGUACUCUCAUCCAACACCUGAAGGAACACGUUCUGCAUGGCAACAUGACCAGCAGUGAUGUCAUCAUCUACUACACCACAACUGGCUGGAUGAUGUGGAACUGGUUGGUGUCAGCCCUGGCAGUGGGGAGCUCCGUGGUUUUAUAUGAUGGUUCACCGCUGAUGCCCACACCCAAUGUACUUUGGAACCUCACAGACCAGUUGGGCAUCACUGUCUUUGGUACCGGGGCCAAGUGGCUGUCUGUGCUGGAGGAGAGGAACCUCAAACCUGCGGACACCCACGACCUGCAGUCCCUCCACACCAUCCUGUCCACAGGCUCGCCCCUCAAGCCCCAGAGCUACGAUUACGUCUACCGCUGCAUCAAGAGCAACGUGCUUCUGGGCUCCAUCUCAGGUGGUACUGACAUAAUGUCUUGUUUCAUGGGUCAGAACCCAACAGUACCAGUGUAUCGGGGCGAGAUCCAAAGCAGGAACCUGGGUAUGGCUAUAGAGGCCUGGGGCUUUGACGGUAAACCAGUAUGGGGGGAGAGUGGGGAGCUGGUGUGUCUUAAGCCAAUCCCCUGCCAGCCAACACACUUCUGGAAUGAUGAGAAUGGUAGCAAGUACCAUAAAGCUUACUUCUCUCUAUACCCUGGUGUGUGGGCUCAUGGAGACUACUGCAAGAUAAACCCGAAGACGGGAGGCGUGGUCAUGCAGGGGAGAAGCGACGGGACGCUGAACCCCAACGGGGUCCGCUUCGGCAGCUCGGAGAUCUACAACAUCGUGGAGGCCUUUGAGGAAGUGUCCGACAGCCUUUGCGUUCCCCAGUACAACAGCGAUGGAGAGGAGAGGGUUAUCUUGUUCCUCAAGAUGGCCCCCGGUCAGACCUUCGAACCGCAGCUGGUGCAGAGCAUUAAAGGAGCGAUCCGGAAAGCGCUGUCUGCACGGCACGUCCCGGCCCUGAUGCUGGAGACCAAAGACAUCCCUUACACCAUCACGGGGAAAAAGGUCGAGGUGGCCGUCAAACAGGUGCUUGCCGGGCGGGAAGUCGCGCAGAGGGGAACUUUCUCCAACCCCGACUCACUGGAUCUGUACAAGAACAUUCCCGCGCUGCAGGACUUCUAGAGACAAGGUUCAAUGCGGAACCGCCGAAUCAUGACACUGCAGGGAGAGGGAACCGCUAGAGGGAGUCGACCAACAAGAAACCAAUGCCGCUUUUAAUUAGCAAACAUCUCGGUACUGAGAGAGACAUGCCAAGAGCGAGACCCCGAAUUUUGAGGUCUGCUUUGUUUGGAGAAAAAAACGGUACAAAAAACAAAUGAGGAUAGCAGGUCUAUAUGUUAAAAUUAUACAUUAUGAGAUACAUUGUAUAACUCUACAUAAUUACUGUUAAUUUGUGUCAUCAUAAAAGUGGAGGUUAUGUUAGCUACACUGCCCUAAAGCUGGCUAACUUGCAGCUAUUGAUAGUUUAGAAAGAAAAACUAGUGGAAGGGUGGCGUGUUGCGACCGAGCUGGAUUCACUUUCAACGGAGACUUGUCGUACAUCACAACACUUAAUGUAGCACGUAAUCUGUGCUCGGAAGCCAGUGAAGUCUGCAGGGGGACAUGGCUAGCUUAAGUACUUAGCUUUAGCUUGCCAGUUUUGAGUGGUGUAAGGAAACGCGGGGGGGGGGGGAUCCAAAUUUUUGCUCUGGAUUCCCCUCAUAAUUGAAAAAGUGACAAAAUGGAAUUGUACAGUUAAAAUAUUUUUCUUUCUUAUACACACACACACACACACACACACACAAACACAAACAAACACGGCUGGGCUAUACAUUUGAAUGCUUUCGCUUCAGCUUGUAUUGUCAUUGUUGUGAGGAGUGUUUUACAUAAUUAACUGUAUGUAUUAUGUGUUUGGCCUAUAAUAUAAGAGAAACACAACAGUGAUGCAGCCCAAACUGCACUUUGGCUGCCAGGUCUUUUUCUCGGGGGCUCCCCAAUUUUACAUUAUUGUGUGUUUUAAGUGAAACAGCGUUGCGCAGCAACAUGAAGUUCAGUGCCAGGAUGAAAACAAUGGUCAACACUGUGUCAUAAGCUCUAAAUACAAAACUUAAUUUUGCCAAUUAUUGCUUCAACAUCUUUCGAGUAUCACCAAAUGUCCUCGUGUUUUGACAGGAGUUGUUCGCUCACACCUCAAGGGAAGUUGCAAUAGUCAUCGUGUGUUGGUCUGUUUUUAUUUUUUCUUCUUCUUUUUAUAAAUUGUGUGGAAUAUGUAUUCACACCUCUCUGUGUU